AUGGCAGCAGAGCAGGAGGCUGGCCAGAGAGUAGUGUGGGUAGUGCGGUGCUCUGGCUGCCCUUGGACAAAUGUGUCGAACUCUGGCCAGUCAGAAACUCAGAGCCUCAGGGCUGGCGGUGGGAUGCUGGGUCUGGGUCUGAGAUCCAGCAUUACUUGUGGGAAGAAGGGAAGGAGUCAGAAGAGGGCCGAGCCUGAAGGUGAGGAAGGAGGAAGGUCCCAGAGGAGGAGGGCUGGAAGGCUAGUCAUAAGGGAAGCAUCUCGGUUCAGCAGGAGGCCACUUCAUCCUCUGAGCCUGGAGGGGAGAAGCAGCAGCCGAGCAGAGUCGCAGAGAGUUCUGAGGUGUGCUCGAGGGGACGAGAGGAAGCUCAGGCCAGAUGGUCUCCAUCUUCUCAGGCAAAAACCAGCCCGGCCGCCGCACAGGGACAUUCGGGAAGCCCGAGAGACAGCCAGCAGGCUGGUGGACCCUACCGGAGCCGAAGAGGACCGCAAGACCCCAGGGCGGAGCCAGAGCCCGCAGCCGCUGGUGGCCAGAGCCCUGGGGGAGGCCGAGGCAAAGACUCUGCUGGAGCAGGUCACCCAGGAGCGGGACGAUGCCAUCGCCAAGAAGCUGGCAAUAGAAGCUGAGCUGGGCAUCUGCAGGGCCAAACUCCAAGCCUCCGAGAAGCAGUUGCUGGAGGUGGUGGAGGAGAAGCUGAAGCUGCUGGAGGAGAUCGAGGCCUGGAAGGAAGACAUGCAGGAGCUGAUCCGCCAACAGAUUCAAAGGCAGCUGCAGAGAGAGGGCAGGGCCCCUGCCUCGGAGCCCAGAGCCCCCCAGCCUGGCCUAACCACCCACUUCUCCCAGUGGCAGUGGAGAUGGCGGAGGACUAUAUUCUCUGCUUCCAACUCCACUGAAGACUCAGAGCCCUAAUCCAUUUUUGACAUCAUGACUUGUCCUUGGGAUUUGAUGGAUCCUUGACACUGAUUGCAGGAAUAUGGGACGCUUCUGACUGUAAAGAAGGCUGAUGCUCUGCCCUCCAGGCCCCAGUGGAUAAACCUCAUCUGCUACAUGUAACAUCCGGACCAUGGGCUGUGCUGAUUCCUCUCAUUCUGUUUCUGAUGAAGACCAAGGGGACCCAUCUAAACUGAGGCAGGAGAGCCUGCUGGUCAGUGCUCCUGGCCUCACACUAGCUGGAAUCAUGGCUGACUGGGCUCCUCCUCUGUUUCUGGGCAUCCACUGUUAGCCCCUAGGGGCUUGAAUUUGGAGUUAGCAGUCUCCCCCAACUCCUUAGCCUUGUUGGCCCUCCUCCAUCCUGGGGGUGCCUACUAGUAGCCUGGGUAUUUGGCAAAGAAUCAAGCUAGUUCAUUCAAGUCAACAUUCAUUAAGUAAGAUAUCAUUCUAUGUGCUGGGCAUACAAAGACAAAAUAAAAAGUAAUUC